AUGGCUCCCCACCACCUGGCCGUGGCCGUGGUCGCCAUCAUCGCCGCCGUCUCGCUGCUCGUGCCCCGCGCCGCUGGCUACCCGUGGCCAAUUUGUGGAACAAGCAACGACUUCAAGCCCAACAGCACAUACCAGGCCAACCUCAACCUCCUCGCCGCCACGCUGCCCAAGAACGUCUCCGCGUCCCCGACCCUCUACGCCACCGCCGUCGUCGGCGCCGUCCCGGAGCAGGUCUGGGCCAUGGGGCUCUGCCGCGGCGACGCCAACGCCAGCAGCUGCCUCGCCUGUCUCACCCAGGCGUUCCAGGACCUGACCAACGACUGCUCCUACAACAAGGACGCCACCAUCUACUACGACCCCUGCGUCCUCCACUACUCCGACGUCCACACCCUCCCCGACGAUGACACCGGCCCGACGACACUGUCGUACACCAUCAACAACAACGCCAACGUCACCUCCGACCCGGCCCGGUUCGAGCGCCUCCUCGCCGCGCUCGUAGACGCCACCGCCGAGCACGCCGCGUACAACUCCACGCGGCGGUUCGCCACGGGGGAGGCCGACUUCGACCAGGAGUUCCCCAAGGUGUACACUCUGGCGCAGUGCACGCCGGACCAGACGCCGGCGCAGUGCCGCAGGUGCCUCUCCGGGCUUAUAUCGCAAUCGCUAGACGGGUUCCAGAACAACAUCGGAGGCAGGGUGCUCUGGGUCAACUGCACCUGGCGGUACGAGACCGCGCCUUUCUUCAAUGGACCGGCCAUGGUGCGGCUGGCAUCGUCGAGCCCUCCAGCACCGGCACCGGCACCGGCGACGGCCGCGACAGGAAGAGGGGAGAGGAAGUACAGUGUCUUCAUUGUGGUUCUUGCAGUUGUGCUGCCUACUCUAGCUGCACUGAACCUUGUGUUUUGCUUCUGUUUCUGGAGGCGGCGGCGACCAGUAGCACAGGCAAAGCAGUCACAGCCCAUGUAUUCCACGGAAGCAGAGGACAUGGAGACGGUGGACUCCAUGAUGAUCGACGUCUCCACCCUGCGAGCCGCAACAGGGAAUUUCGACGAAAGCAACAAGCUCGGCGAAGGCGGGUUCGGCGCGGUGUACAAGGUAUGGGAGCACUGGGAGGCCGGGACGGUGGCGGAGCUGGUGGACCCGUCCCUGGGCGAAAGCUUCCCGGAGGGCGACGUGCUGAGGUGCAUCCACAUCGGGCUGCUCUGCGUCCAGGGAGACCCCGCGGCCCGGCCGGUGAUGUCGUCCGUCGUGAUGAUGCUUGGAACCAACACGGUCACCCUCCAGGCUCCAUCCAAACCGGGAUUCUUCGCCGGAAAGAGUGGCACUAACACGACCGUGUCGGCUGACGUGUCGCUUUAG